AUGACGAUCGAUCUAGUCCCUCUACCCCUCCCAGCGUCUGCAGAUCCAGCAAAAUUGGAUGACUUUGGACGAGAAGUCAAAGGCCUCCACCCAUCCCAUCUUCAAGGAGCCUCAUUCGAACAAGUCAAAAAGGCAUUAUACACGCACGGAGCGCUCUUGUUUCGCGACGUCGACCUAACACCAGAGGAGAUACGCGACUUGGUCAAGGCCUUCGACCCCAACUCCACCGCUUACGGACAUGGCAACAGCAAAGUCGACCAAACCAAAGCGUCCAUCCUCCACUCGUACCUCAAAACGAUUCCUCGCGUCCCACAGGUGCAGCUCAUCGGGCACGGAACCGUCCGAGACCACGAAGGCAUCCCCGAAGCCGUGCUACAACACGCGCACCAUUCGAGCUUUCACAAGACGCGCGUAUCCGAUGAGGACGAGGCGCGAGGUGUAACGAGGUUCUUCCGUUGGCAUAUGGACGCGGCUUUGUACGAUCUCGAUCCACCAAAGGUGACGGCCCUAUACGGGAUUCGUGUGCCCAGAGGUCCUAACCAGGUGGUGAGGUAUGAUGAUGGGAGCGGUGACGAGCUGGAGGUCCCGUUAGGAACUACGGUGUUCGUGUCGGGGAAGGCGAUGUUCGAUGUUCUUCCGCGGGAAAUGAAGAGCGUUGCGGUGAGGGCGAAGGCUAAAUAUGCGCCGAAGCCUUUUGAGUGGAUGAAGGAAGCGCGUGCGGUAGAGACGGGGCUGGGGUUAGAGUCGGAAGGCCGGGAAAAGGGUAUGGAGGAGUUGGACUGGGACAAGGAGAAGAUAAGGAUUUAUCCAUUUCUGUGGAAAAAUCCGGUGACGGGAGAUCUACACCUCGAGGUUCAUCCUUGUGCAAUCAUGGAGAUCUAUCUUGAUCCAGUGCCUUCCGAGGCGAGACGAGAAGGCACGUUGUAUCCAGAUGGAGCGCAUAUAACAGAUUUGAAGGAAGUGAGAAAACUCUGCUAUGCGAUGCAACGGCCUGGUAUUGCCCCCAAGUUCGUCUAUCCGCAUGUCUGGCAAGAAAAAGACUUGAUGCUCUUCCAUAAUCGCGGUGUCAUGCAUUCCGUGAUUGGCGUCUUUGGACGAGAUCAAGUACGCGUCUUCCACCAGUGCAACCUUGCUGCGUCGGACGCGCCAGAUGGGCCAACCGAUGAGGAUAUCAUGAAGUGGGUGUGA